CUAAUAGGUAUCUUUCAAAAUACAUGCAUUGCUUUCCAGAACUCAAAAAAUGUGUUAUCUGCCAGACAUUUUGUGGGUUGGUAUAAUGGUCAUCCAGACCAUGUAAAUGAGGAAAUUAACUUAGAUACAGAAGUUGUAACUGUCAUUGGACAUGGAAAUGUAGCUUUGGAUGUGGCCCGAAUUCUUCUUAGAAAUCUGGAAGAUCUGAAAACAACUGAUAUUACAGAUUAUGCCUUUGAAGCUUUAAAGAAGAGUCAGGUAAGAAAAGUAAUUUUAGCUGGGCGAAGAGGCCCUCUUCAAGUGUCUUUCACAAUAAAGGAAUUAAGAGAAAUGAUCAAAUUACCAGGAUGCAAUGUAGUCAUGAAUCCUUUGGAUUUUCGUGGUGUUCCAGAACUUCUUUCAUCACUUCCUAGACCACGCAAAAGGCUUUUAGAACUUCUCUGUGACACUGCACUUAAAAAUGAAAGUCGUAAAGAAGCCAGCAAAACAUGGGAACUUAAGUUCUUUAGGCGUCCUAAGGCAAUAAUUUGUGAUGCACAUAACAGGGUUGAAAAAAUUUUUUUUGGAGUGAAUAAAAUUAAAGGCAAUUUGGAAGAUGCACAGAUUAUUAACACUGACGACGAAGAAGAAGUGGAAUGUGGUUUGGUUCUUCGAAGUGUUGGAUACCAGAGCAUUCCAAUUGAUGAAUAUGUACCAUUUGAUAAAACAAAACAUAUUAUUCCAAAUGUAGAAGGAAGAGUUAAAGAUAGAGCAGGUUUAUACUGUAGUGGAUGGGUUAAAACAGGCCCAACAGGUGUCAUUUUGUCUACUAUGUAUGGAAGUUAUGAAACAGCAGAGAAAUUGCUUGAAGAUAUUAAAAAAGGAGAUGUACCAUCUGCAGUUAAUGGAACAAAGGACAAUGUAUUAGAACUUUUAAUAACUAGAGGUGUAAAAUACACAGCAUUCGACAGCUGGUUGAAUAUUGACAAAGUAGAGCAAGAAAGAGGAAAAGCUAAAGAUAAACCCAGAGAAAAGAUUUAUCAUGUCAAAGAAAUGCUUCAAGUGGUAUGAUAUAUAAAUAUAAAAUAGAUUUAAUUUUACACUAGUGAUAUUAAUUGAUGCAAAUUUGUACAAAUAUAAAUAAGUAUCAGGAAUCCAACCAUUAUGUGUAAAUUUAAUACAAACGCAUUCUGUGCUGAUCAAAUCUGUAGAAUAACUAUUUUUAUAUGAUUAAUGAUUUUUUAAUUUAUGCAGUCCUUCCACCAUUUUGUUAGAAAUAAAACUGAUUUAUGUAUGUUUUA